CAAAGUCUCGUCAGUGUUUUUUAUUUGUUUGUGGACACAAAAUGUCCCUUUAGAGACCCUUACCACGGUCGACAUAUUAGGAUCUGGGUGUAUACAGCACGGAUUCGUUGGUUAAAGACACUGUUUUUUUUUCCAAGAGUUUUUUUUCCCGUGCAAUUGUUAAUUUCCAGUCGGCUUGAACGUGCCCUUCGCUCUUCUACAGUGCGCCAUUGAAAUUCACGACUGUCAGAGCUCAGUACGCUCCUUUGGAACUUUCAACAGCUUCCAGUUGACAAGAACUCUUUCGCUUAGCCUACAGCAUUUGUCGCCUCUAAUGUCCUUUGAGUGUAUAGUUGCCACGAGCAAAGUUAUUCAAAGCAUGAGUUAAAGCGUUGAAGUUGCAUGACAUGCUUAAAUGUUAUGUUUUUGCGACUCGACAGUUUUAAGUUUAGCAUCGCGAGGCAAACUCUAGGCACGUCAGUCAACGUCACUUGCAAGUAGCAUUUGCGCCAGAACAUUCUGCUGUGGGUUAGUGGUUUACGUUUUAACGUGUUUCUGUAUGUUGUUAAACGUUUCUAUCAUUCAACAUUGAAGGGGACGUAUGUCGAGUAAAUUACGCCAUUUGACAACAGCUUCUGCCAAGGACCUCGGUACGCUAGCUAGCUUGCUAGCAAGGAUAUUCCUCUGAGGGGCGUUUACCGUUUGUCGGAGCAAAACUCGUCUGCAACAGUAUAGUCCGAUAGCUACUCAGUUACCUAAUACGUUUAUCUAGAUAGGCUAUCUCUCUAGCGUGCCGUACCGUCAAGCUCCUUUAGAUUCCCCCCUAUUAUUUGCGCUACAUUGGAUAUUCAGCGAGUUAAAUUGACUAUUCGUGUUUAUGCAGAAGUGACACAGACUUUCAAGAAAGCAGUUUUGAAGUUUCAGUUUGUAAACUUGGACCAAAGGGCACAACGAUUGUCUCCCUCCACGUAGCUGGCACCAGGGCUGUCGAGCGAACGCAUGAGAAGCUGAAAUGCCAAGAUAUUGCUUGUCAUGACAGCGGGAGAAGGUUUGUUGCCCAGCUUUGCUUCCACUGGCAGUACCUUGUAUCUGAUCAUGCCGGGAGACUAGCCAGCGAAACGAAGAUCACGACGUUGUUGGAAACUAAGUGGAGUAAAUAUAUUUAAAUAAAUGAUUGUGCCAUAUGACUGUACCCUUUUGGAAAUGAUCUAGACAACAAGUUCGUUUUGAAAGCAGGCAAAAUUGAGGAAAAAUAAUGGAUCAAGUUGGAGUGAGGCGCAGCCCUCCGGAUAACAGCAGUCUUGGUUUUGGCAAACAGGCCGGAGAAGGAGGGUUUGUGAAUGACACUGGAAACGGCGGCAUGCAAGUGUCUGCCACCACAGGACUGGUGAAGCCUGUGCCCAGAGCUGAAGCCUCCCCCAAGGAUGGCUCAUCCAAUGGCCUGAACAGCAGUAACCUCCAGAGGGACCAUGCUGCCAGAGGGCAGGGCCCCAGGGGGCGUGGGUCAGUGGAGGGCCCCCAUGGUAAGGAGUUUGGGAAACCGCAAAGGAUUCAGUCCAUGCAGUCUCAUCAGGACACUCUGGGCCCCAUGAACGUUGGAGACAGCUUCUCUCUCUUGGACGAGACUCUUGCCGAACUGGGUGCUUUUCCCAUCAAGACGGAGGAUUUUUCUCCCGCCAUCGAUGCAGACAGACACGACGCUUUGUCCCUGGGGCUUGGGGAUGAAGAUGCUAACCGGGACGACCCCACACUGGAUAUUCUGCGCGACCUGGACCUGCCAGGCUCGCUAACCGAACUCAAUGAGUUGUGCGUGGCAGAUGAGGCUGCCUUCCUGUACUCCCUGGCCGAGAACGAUACGGUGCUCGAGGACAGCCUGGUCAAGCAAAGCCACUCUGUCGGAAGGGGUGGAGGUGGCUGCGUGGGCGGCAGAAACGGAGGCAUGGGCUUCAACGGGAGAAGUUGCCCCGGCGCGAACGGCGCCGAGCUACAGCCGCAGCACCGGCCACCUUUGCCAACGCAGCAGCCGCCGCAGGCCCAGGCCCAGCCCCAGCCUCUCAUGAACAUGCCCAUCAUCAAGACUGAGAAAGACGCCGGCUUCAUCCAGCUGUGCACGCCCGGCGUCAUCAAGAUGGAGAACGAGAGCCGCAGCUACUGCCAGAUGUCGGGCAUGGACAUGGGCAGCCCUCAUCCGGGCUCCUCCUCUGGCCUGGGCUCCAUGCCUUCCCAGGGGUUUUGCUUCCCCUUGAGAGCAUGCGAGCAUGCGUCCGGCGUCCCACAGGAUCAGAAGCCAGCGUUCGGGCUCUACCCACCGCGCGCCUCCCUGAGCAACAGCUGGAACAGGGACACCGGGUUUGGAGAGCUCCCUGGGAUGUCGAGACCCAGUGACAUAGUCCCAUCCACACCUGCAUACCCCGUGACUUUCAGCAGCCCUCCCAACAGACCAGAUGCCAACGGAGUCGGCGGAGCAGCGGCAGCUAAGGCGGGCGGAGCAGCUCAUAAGAUCUGCCUGGUCUGCUCCGACGAGGCUUCGGGCUGCCACUAUGGCGUCCUCACCUGCGGAAGCUGCAAGGUGUUCUUCAAGAGGGCCGUUGAAGGAUGGAGAGCACGGCAAAACACGGAUGGACAACACAACUACCUCUGUGCCGGUCGCAACGACUGCAUCAUCGACAAGAUCCGGAGGAAGAACUGUCCCGCCUGCCGCUUCCGGAAGUGUCUGCAAGCCGGCAUGAAUCUGGAAGCCCGUAAGAACAAGAAGCUGAUCCGGCUGACGCGGCAGCAGAGCGGCGGGGAGACCGGGCGGCCGCUGGCGGACGAGCAGCAGUGCGCGCUGGUGCCCAAGUCCAUGCCGCAGCUGACGCCCACCAUGCUGUCGCUGCUGAAGGCCAUCGAGCCCGAGGUGAUGUACUCGGGCUACGACAGCACCAUCCCCGACACGUCCACCCGCCUCAUGACCACGCUCAACCGCCUCGGCGGCAAGCAGGUCAUCUCCGCCGUCAAGUGGGCCAAGUCGCUGCCAGGCUUCAGGAACCUGCACCUGGAUGACCAGAUGACCCUGCUGCAGUGCUCCUGGCUCUUCCUCAUGUCCUUCGGCCUGGGCUGGAGGUCCUACCAGCAGUGCAGCGGAGGCAUGCUCUGCUUCGCCCCCGACCUCGUCAUCAACGAGGAGAGGAUGAAGCUGCCCUAUAUGAGUGACCAGUGUGAGCAGAUGCUGAAGAUCUCCAGUGAGUUUGUGCGGCUGCAGGUGUCCUAUGAGGAGUACCUCUGCAUGAAAGUCCUCCUGCUCCUCAGCACAAUACCAAAGGAUGGGCUGAAGAGUCAGGGUGUGUUUGAGGAGAUCCGUAUGUCCUACAUUAAGGAGCUGGGGAAAGCCAUCGUCAAGCGAGAGGACAGCAGCUCCAGCCAGAACUGGCAGAGAUUUUACCAGCUCACCAAGCUGCUCGACACCAUGCAAGAGAUGGUGGAGGGCCUACUCAACUUCUGCUUCUACACCUUUGUGAAUAAAUCCCUGAGCGUUGAGUUCCCUGAGAUGCUCGCCGAAAUCAUCAGCAACCAGCUACCAAAAUUCAAAGACGGGAGUGUCAAGCCGCUCUUGUUUCAUCAGAAGUGACUGCCUUAGACCGCGACACAAUGCCUUAAUAACCACCCAGCCCAGGCCAGCUAAUACCUGUACACACACACACUUGUACACUUGCAUACACACACACACACACACUUGCACACACACACACACACACACACACACACACACACACACACACACACACACACACACGUGUGCACUACAAUGUCCACACUGCCCCGCCACCUGAAGGAGGCCUGUCCAGUUUCUCCCCCCUCUGUGAUGAGAGCACAGGUGGAGGAGAUGAGGCGUCUGUCUGUCUGUCUCUGGGAAGGGGGUUCAACUCUUCACUCCAGCAAGGUGAAACGAAGCUUUUACUAAAAACAAACAAAAAACAAAAAAAAGACAGAUUAAAACCCCUUUAAACUUUUUUCUUUCUUUUAAAUGCGCUUGCAAAUCAUGUCAUACUCACACACAUCAUGUUCUAUUGAAGAAGAAAAAAAAAAGAAAAAAGAAUAGCUACAUUUUAAGGAGAAACAAAUACAGAAAGGAAUAUUAUUUUUGUGCAAGGAAUAUUGAUUUUAUGCAUGUACACAUACUGCUGAAAUGUUUACAGUGUAUCAGUAACAAAAGGGAAGACGUGCCUUUUUUUCAGCUUUUGCAACUCUAACCUCAGACACUUGUGCUCCCCUGUCUGAGGUAAGUCAAAUGCAUACAUCCCAGGUGUGUGUGUGUGUGUACAGUAUGUGUGUGUAUGUGUGUGUGUGUGUGUGUGUGCUACUCAGUCUUGCCAUAUGUUUUUUGUAAAACAGACAUCUGCUCAGCCCUGGUAUGCUAUGUAGCAGGAGACUAAUCCAUGUACAGUACCGUGCACGAGAAUCCCCCCGGGGGCAGUCAUGUACUCCCACCAAUCCCAGCCCAAACACCCUCACCCUUAAACCCCUCACCACCGACACCCUCCCAUCCAGUCUUUGGCCUCAGGAACCAAUCAGACGUUAGAACAGAGCCACUCGUCAGUGGCAGGCUGGCACCCUCCGACUCAUCCGCGGGUAGUAUACUAAAACAUGCCGUGCCCAGGGGCAGGAAGGGGCAGAUCCCACCUCUGCAGCCUGUGCUAUGUAUCUUGUAGCCCCCUCUAGUGUACUUCAGGUACACUGGGACCCCCCCAGAGGACAGGUGCAACUGUGAGGGCAUUUGGGGGUUUAAAAAAAAAAAAAAAAGAUUUGCGCAUGAGGCGAGGAGUUGGCUGAAGGAUUUGCUGCGAUGUGUUGGCCAAUGUGUCUAGGAUGCGCUUUGCUUUGGCAUGCAUGACCGCACACACCCGUGUGAAUCUUGUCUGUCAGCCUCCAGACUCGUGUUCAAGCCGUCCAGGAGAAUCAGGUGCAGUGUGGGCCUGCUGGUGUCGCUAGGGAAGCUCGCUCCCCUUCUUCUCAUAGCGUUUCUCGUCCCAGAAUAGGAGCGUGUGUGUGUGUGUCCAAAUGGGUGUGGACCUGAAAAAGAUACAUCUGCUACUGCCUUUUUUGAAAACUUCAACUUCAUUCAUUGAUUGUCUGUGCACAUACACACACACAUAAACUUUGUUUCCUAAGGUGUGAUGUGUUUUGAAAACUCGUUAAGUGUGUGACGUUUUAAAACUCUUGAGAUGUAGAGAUGGAACACACUAUUCGUGAAGCCCACUUUUAGAAAAUCAUUUGUGCAUUUUGUUUGUAUCAGUGCCCACCAACGCACACACACACAUAGACACCUGCACAUACAUCUCACCCUUUCAGCAGCUGUUCACCAAUUGCAAAAUCACCAGGUGCCAAAUAACAGUUUUUAAACACUCUCAUUACCUUAAGGAUAAGAUAGUAUUCUGUUUUCUCAGUUUGCUUAAUGUUGUACACAGAACUACACAUACGGAUGUAUCCAUAGGUACAUUUUCAUUCGGGGUUAAUGUAUGUGAGACAAACAUGUUUUGUUUUUUUUUAUUUCUUUUUUGUUUGUUUUCCUUUUCUUUUUUCUAGUUUUGGUUUCUCUCGUCUUGUUGAGACACACCAGCCAAGGUAAACAAUGAACGUUAGCACACUUUGCACCAGUUCAUCCGCACACAUCUGGAUAGUCACCGCUCAUGGGGCAGAGUGUCAUCCUUGCGAGCCUCCAUGGUUGCUCUUCUCUGGUGCUUUCUCCUCAGCCUGUAAACCAGCGCACUCUUGACUUUUACCAGUUAACGCUUCUCGUUCCAGUGUGCUCAGUUAACUUAUACCGAAACGCAUUCACUUCACACCAGCUAACUACAUGAGAUAAGCCAAAUAUUCAUGACAUGCUUUUGGUACAUUUUUUAAUUAUUUUUUUCUAAACGCAGCAAUCAUCAUAACCCCCUACCACCCCAACACCAUCCCCAAGCUACUGUUUGAGCUCCAGAUUGGAGAACAAUAUAUAUAUAUAUAUAUGCCCCUAUCUACUCAACUGCCCCCAGCUACCCUCAGUGGUCUUGUCACAGCCUAUUGAGUCAGAGGUGUCAGAAGCCUCUGUCUCUUGCUCUCUGGUGAAGGGCUGGCCCAGUGGUGAAAUCCCAAGCUCUGUGUUCUAGGGGCUUGGCUAAGGUUUUGGUUCAUCGGGCCUCUCAAAAGGGGGGGCAGUUGAAGAAAUGGGCCAUGUCACGACGAUUGAUUCCUCAUCUCUGAGCAUGCCCCUGGGAUUGAUGUCUGUGGGCUUUUCAGGAAGACUGUGUCAGUGUGUCAGGUUUUUUAAAAGGAUGCUUCAGAUUGCUCCUUAUUUUUUGGUCAGGGAUGACAUUACCUCAGAGGGUACGUGAACAGUGUAGUUAUGCCACCCCCCCACCCCCAUUCGCCCACCCUUCGUCCUUCCCCACAUGACAUUGAGUUGCCAUAACAACACAGAACAUAUCCCAUUUCAGAUUACACAGCAUAUUUUAUGAGACAACAGUUUUGCAGGGACAGUUUGAUGGAUUCAUGUUUUUAUUUUUUUAUUUCCUUCUCUCUUGCUAAUUGUUCACCCACUUUAGGCCUUGAGAAAGGGAGUCCGAGAGCCAUAGAAUUCAGAUGUAUAUUUAGGAAAACUAUAAGCUUGUCAGCAAUCUUGUUUUAAAGAAAGGAAAAAAAAAAUAUUUGACAUGUCAUUUGAAAAUUAGAUUGAUCCUCUUUGAUAUAAAUCAUUUUACUAUAAUGAAAGUAAUUUUAAUACAUAAGGAAGAUAAGAAAUAUGUUUGGUUUAUUGUUCUCUUUCGUUUGUGCUUUGGCAAAGAUAGCUGUAUUGCAAAUGUACCUUGAAAAGUGUUAACCUGUGGUCUGACGUGUAAAGUAAGUGUACAUUCUUUUAAUCAAUAGGAAAAAAAACUUUAAAGAGCGAUCACUGUGUUUAGAAAUAGUGAACAGGUGCAGGGAGGGGGAGAAUGGGACUGGAGUAUAUUUUGUAUGGUGCAACGGUGUGACCAAAGCAGAAAGGAGGUAAAAAAACAGAAGUAUUUAAGCAGAUUCAUAAACAGUAGCAUUUAUUAUCCAACUCUAGUACUUACCAUCUUUUAUACAUCUUUUUUUUUUUUUUGUAAAGGUCUAGGCUUUGGUCUCUUGUAUAUUGCUGUGAAGAUUUAAAUUGUGUCUUGGGGAGAAAUACAGAAAGAAAAGUAAGUGUGAACGUAAUUAACAGAGCCUGAGAAUUUGCACUACCCUAAUAGUGGUCGGAAAGUCUAUUUUGUACAAAAUACAUGCAAAUAUUAUCUAUAAAGUUUAAGGGCAGACCAUAUUUCACUGGUAUACGGCUUUCAGUAAAGUCUGUUUUGUUUGUAUUUCAGUUAUGUAAAUGUAAUCCCAUGUAAAGAAUAUCCAAUGUCUAUUUGUUUAAAAAUAGUUUUGUAUUACCUCUGUAUCACACCUAUGUAGUCUAUGUCAAUCUUUUCACCUAUCGGAUUAAAUGUUGAACUAAAGUCA